GGCCUUAUAGUGGAAUAUGAUUCCCCAUCCAAAUUGAUAGAGAUCAAGUCCUCAUCAUUUGCUAAGCUUGUUAAGGAGUAUACUCGAGGUUUCUCAAGCUGAAAAUGUUUUCUCACGGUAUUGGGAAGAGCAUAUUCCUCUUUCACCCCCUCCGCAUUGGAUAGUUGCAAAAGCUUCUCCAUUAAGCCUCCACCAGGCCACAACGUAUAUGAAAUUUAUUGAAGAAAAUGAAUUGGCUUCCCACCUGCAUUUGUUUUGUAAGCAAGCUAAUGUUGCUUGUUCUACAAAUGCACUAGUGAAGCAUACAAUAGUUGACGCAGCCCUUCCACCAAUAGCCAAGUUUGUUGGUGAAAAAAAUAAAUAUGAUGACCUUCCAAAUGAAACACCCCUAUCAAUUGCUAGCCAAGGGGGUUUGCCAUAUUUUCGAGAGUCAAUGGUGAAAGAGGGAAGUUUCAUGCCCAUCCCUGAUCUAAGGGACUUCAUGUCAUAUAAAUCAUUCUUGCCGCGGCCUCUGGCAUCAAAAAUCCCAUUUUCUCUUUCCCGGAUUAAGGAAUUGAAGAAGAUUUUUGGUGUGGUGGAUGAAUCAAACAUGGAUGAUUAUAUUAAGCGCAGCCUCGAGAUAUGUGAGAUGAGUCCCACUCGAGGUGAGGAGAGAACUUGUGUGACUUCUGCUGAGGAUCUCAUUGAUUUUGUUGUCGAAAAAUUAGGACACCAUGUACGCAUAUGGAGUACUGAGAACAUUGAAGGAUCUUAUGAGAAUGCCACAAUUGGAGGUAUAAAACUCAUCCAUGGAAACCUCUCCCAACCACCAGCCUUAUGUCAUAGUAUACCAUUCCUAUUUCAAGUCUAUUAUUGUCAUGUCUUACCUAAAGUAAAAGUAUAUGUAGUUGAUAUACAUGCUAGAAAGAAAGUGAAUCAUGCAAUCAUGGCAUGCCACUAUGACACGUCAACUUGGAAUCCAAACCAUCUUUCUUUUAAGCUGUUAGGUUUUGGUCCAGGAUUUAUUGAAGUUUGUCAUUGGAUAAAUGAGAAUGGAGUGGUCUGGACAAAGAGUCUAGGUUGAGCAGCAUUUGAGAUUUGAUGGGCUUAUAUUUAAUAAGAGCUUAAGAUAAUUACACAAUAAUAAUUACAAAAUUUAUUAUUUUCUUUUUAAA